GUUAUUGGCAUCGACGUCGCCCUCAAAAUCUAACGCCGCCUGCGUCGCCUAGGUCAACGUCGCCACCGUUCGCAAGACAUUCAAAAUGGCCACCGGUACUCUCCCCAAGGACGUUUCCAAGCUCGGACAGGAAAUCAAGCUUUUCGGCAAAUGGGAUACCCAGGAUGUUGAAGUGAAGGACAUUUCCCUCACUGACUACAUCCAGGUCCGACAUGCUGUCUACCUUCCUCACACCGCUGGCCGAUACGCCAAGAAGCAAUUCAAGAAGGCCCAAAUGCCUAUCGUCGAACGAUUGGUUGACAGCUUGAUGAUGAAGGGCCGCAACAACGGCAAGAAGCUCAUGACCGUCCGAAUUGUCGCCCAUGCUUUCGAAAUCAUCCACCUCCUCACCGAUCAGAACCCCAUCCAGGUUUUGGUUGAUGCUAUCGUUAACACCGGUCCCCGUGAAGACUCCACCCGUAUCGGCUCUCAAGGCACCGUCCGACGACAGGCCGUUGAUGUUUCGCCACUCCGACGAGUCAACCAGUCCAUCGCUCUCCUCACCACCGGCACCCGCGAAUCUGCUUUCCGCAACGUGAAAUCCAUUGCCGAGUGCUUGGCCGAUGAGCUCAUCAACGCCGCAAAAGGUUCAUCGAACUCCUAUGCUAUCAAGAAAAAGGACGAGCUGGAGCGUGUCGCCAAGUCCAAUCGGUGAUUGGAUUUUUCGGUCCUCUUUCUGUGGUUGGGCGACGGUGGCGAACAUGUCAGGUGGUUCAGAAAGUCUUUUUUUGCAGCAAUUCAAUAUGUUCCUUCUCCAUGAUAUGUAUGUACCACCUCGCCGACAUCAUAAUGGCCUAUGCUAUGUACCCUGCAAACCCUCAUG